CCAGUCCAGGCGGGGGGCGCUCGCGGCGGCAGCUUUCCGCUCACGCCCACGCCACGGCGAAAAGGGGCCGACGUCCCCCCGGCCUCCCCCCCCCCCCCCCCCCUAAACCCAUUUACUACCCCCCCCCUCUUCCCCCCCCAGACAAGCAACCACCUCCCUCCCUCCCAUACAGAGAUCGCUCGCUCUCCUCUCCAUCCUCUGCUCGCCGUUCUUCCUCCUCCGGCCGCCACCGUCGCCGUUGCUGCCUCCGCCGUCGCCGCCGCCGCUGCUGGGAGGAUUCUGCGCGGCGCGAGGAGGGGCGGCGCCGAUCGACGCGAUGCGAGACAGCAACAUAAAUGAGAGCGAGGGCGGGGAUCACAUCGCCGAGCUCAAGCGUAAGAAAGGGAAAAAACCCAAGCCCCUGAAGUGGAGAUCAACCAACAGCGACAUGAACAACCGCAGCUGCGAGGCCGAAGAAGGUUCCGACGGAGGCCGCGACGACGAUGCAGUCCUCUCCUCACUCACCAGAGCCACCACUCCUAGCAGCAGCAGCAGCCUGAUCAUCAGGAAGAGGCCGAGGACCCUUGGAAAGGUGGCUGAGGGCUGUGAUGCUGUGGACCCGCCGGUUCCUAGGAAAUUGAGAUCAGCCAUAAUCAAGCGCGUCGGUCAGACUGUUCCUUCAUCGCCGCGGCAUGCCAAGAAGAGGCGUCAUCUUUCAGCUAUCAGUGCUCAGAUUUUUCAGAUGGAUCGUGAAACAAGAACCGAUGAGACCAUGCCAUCGAAUUCUUUCACCAAGGAGGAGGAAGUGCUUGCUGAUACUUUGCUAGCACUAUCCCAAAUAGCCCCGCCUUCUGAGCCAGCAGCCGACAUGGCGACGGAGCAAGAUAUCUCAAACACAAAUGUUGCCUCAACUUCUUGUUCAGAAGGUGUGAUUACUCCUACAGGAGCUACCAAGGAGGAUGACAAAAUAACUUUGUUGCCAAUUGAUGCUAACGUGGUUACGCAGUCUGCCUGCGCAGAUCAACAAGUGGAACCAACUGCUACUGCUAGUGUUCCACAACUAAAUCCUGCUCUAGGUGCUCCUCGCAUCAGCAUAAAUCCUGAUUUUCCCAAAGAUGGGAAGAUACAGGACCUUUCUCUCGGACUUUUUGUGAAUUCGCCAAGUCCACCUAAAGAGUCCUUGAAUAAAAGCGCUUCGAAGAAGCCGAAGGCACAUUUUGAUGGUAGUCUAAGUCUAACUAACCAGAAAAAGAAGGAGACUCCUCACUGGCUGCUGAAUCGCAAUAAAUCUGGUUUUGUGGCACAUAAUAGAACAAAAGAUGAGAAUAGCAGUGCCAAAGAAGUUAUGCCUGCAAUCCAGGCUCCGCUACCUUGUACCUCAACUGGGUCUUCGAAAAAGCCCUCUUCAAGUACAUUGGGUGCAUGCACAAUAUCUGGCAAAGAAAUUACUACUGCCUGGGCAAUUGCAAAUAAUGACAAGCUUUCCCUUCCUGAAAAUGGUGGUCCUGCAAAGACAUGGAAGAGAAGUGUUACCCAUGCCUAUGUGAGUCAUCUUAUCCAAAACCAUUUGGACAAAGAUAAGGCGUCGCAAAACCAAGUAAUCGCCCAGGAAAGAUCACGCAGCCGCAUUUCGAGCUCUCCAAGCGGCUCCACCUUGCAUAAGAAUGGUAUGCAUUUCGACGCAAGGAUCCCAGCUCAGCCUUCUAUCGGGGUUUGCGACAUGGCUCCUGGUCGGCAAGCAAUGGUCAGCAACGAUUUCAUGAACUUGCCCACCUCGGCAGCAUUCUCCGGGCCACAGUAUGUUCAGUAUAUACAUCCCCAGAUGAUCAGCACUCACCGCGGUGGUCCGGCGCCGUAUCAGUCGUAUUCGCAUCUCCCUUGUAGCAGCAGAGGGAAUAUGGCGCCCGUGAUGUCAAUCCAGCAGCAGCAGAUGCAGCAGUACAUGUGCGGCCCGGGCUACGCGCCGCACCCCGGCGUGCCGGUGAGCCAGGGCGCCAUGAAGCUCCAGCAGUUCGCGCCGACUCCGCAGCAGCAGCAGCAGCAGAUGUGGCAGUACCAUUUCUCCCAGUACCAGCCGAGGCAAGCGGCAGAGGGCGCGGCCGCCGCGGCGUGGCAGAGCGGCCGGCUCCGGGACAUGCCGUCGUCCGGCCCCCUGCGGCCGAUGCAGGCGCUCCAUGCUCCCCCGGCGAUGGCGCCGCCGCAGAUGGAGCUCCUCUGCGGGCCGUACCAGGGCGGCGGCGGCGGCGGGGCCAGACGGCCGCCGCAGCUCAGGCUGAUCUAGUAGUGGCGACUGGCGAGUGAGAGAGUGAAGUGUAGAUCUUAAAGAAAGAAAGGAGAUCGUCGGUCCCUGGCGCUGCGUUUACUUUGACCUGACAGCAGAGGAUGGUUCUGAGAAAAAUUAUAGCGGUCGUGUGAUGUGACUUGUGACUUGUGAGUGGCUGAGGCAGGGAGGGGGAGGGGGACAAAUUUUAACUGUGAUUAGCAUAAUUUUCUGUUCAUCGACCGGUUUUAAAGUUUCAAUAAUGUGGAAAUGGGAUAAUGUAGUUUUCCCCUGUGUUUCCAUGUGGAAUUUAAGGCAGAUAUACUUGUUUUCGAUAGAAUUGAAGGGAGUUUGCAAACACAACUA